AUGGAUAAACCUCCAGUCACAGUGGUCAUGUUGCCCGUCCCCGCCCAGAGCCACCUCAACCAGCUCCUCCGCCUCGCCGGCCUCAUCUCCUCCGCCACCACCCUCCCCGUCCACUUCCUCGGCUCCGCCACCCACAACCGCCAAGUUAAACUCCGUCACUACUCUAACCCUAACCCUAACCCUAUCCAUUUCCACGACUUCCCCACUCCCCCCAUCCCCACACCCGACCCGGAUCCGAGCUCGCACAGAACCCCCAACCACCUUGCUCCGGCCAUGGAGGCCUACAUUGCCCUCCGCCGCCCGAUUGCCGCCCUCAUCCAAAACAUGUCGACCCAAACCAAAAAAAUCGUCCUCAUUUACGACCGCUUCAUUGCCGAGGCCGUCGAGGACUCGGUCUCCAUUCCCAACGUCGAGUCCUACGCUUUCAAUUGCUUCUCGGCGUUUAACCUCUUUCACAUCCUUCGGGAGCACUCGACGACCAAACCCUUCCCGCUAAAAGUCAAAGACAAAAACCUCUCGUUUUCGGUUCACGAUUACUGCGCGCCCGAGAUCAUAAACUUCAUCGUGUCGAGGCCCGAGCAUUUCAAGAAUCGUGCCGGGGACAUACACAACACGAUCCGCCUAAUCGAAGGUGAAUACAGUAGGAAGAUGAUCGAGUUGCCCGAGGGGUUCGAGGAGAGGGUGAAGGGAGCCGGAAUCGGGCUUGUGGUGAGGGAUUGGGCUCCGCAGGUGGAGAUAUUGGCCCACGAGGCCACAGGAGGGUUUCUCACGCACUGCGGGUGGAAUUUGUGUUUCGAGAGCCUUAUGACGGGCGUGCCAGUGCUGGCGUGGCCCAUGCAUUCGGACCAGCCGGUCAACGCGAUUUUCAUGACUAAGGUUCUGAAAACGGGACUGGCCGUCAGGGAUUGGGAAAAACGAGAGGAGUUGGUGAGGGCGGGAGUUGUUAAAGAUGCGGUCGGGAGGUUGAUGGCGGCAGGGGAAGAAGGGGAUGAGAUUAGGAGACGGGCGGCGGAGAUAGGAGUUGGAGAGUCCUACGCCUUCAACUGCCUCUCCGCCUUCUGCGACGUCAAGUUAACCCACGAGCUCGCCGGAAUCCUCUGCCCCGUCCCCGCCCUCCGCCACCUUCCCCUCAUCUCCGCCAGUAUUUCCGACGACCUCCAGGUCUUCAUUGGCGGCCAGUACCCCGCCCUCCAACGCAGCUCCGGCAGCCUUUACAACACAUGUCGGGCUAUGGAGGGCCCGUUUCUCGACAUUCUCGAGGCCCAAGGAGGUCGGAAGGUGUGGGCCGUCGGGCCCAUGCUGGCAGCAAAGUCGGUCGGGUCGGGUUCGGGUAAGCGGCACGGGUGCCUAGAGUGGCUCGAUGGGCAAAAGGUAGGGUCGGUUUUGUACGUCACGUUCGGGACCACGUGCUCGUUGACCGACGAGGAGAUAACCGAGCUGGCUCUCGGGUUAGAGUCGAGCGGGCACGGGUUUCUAUGGGUGCUCCGGGAUGCUGACAAGGCUGAUGUUUUCGACCGAAAAGUUAGGAAUGUUCAGCUGCCUUCAGGUUUUGAGGAGAGGAUGAAAGGCAAGGGAUUGGUGGUGAGGGAUUGGGCCCCACAGACGGAGAUUCUGGCUCACGGGUCGACAGGCGGGUUCAUGAGCCACUGCGGGUGGAACUCGUGCAUCGAGAGCAUCGUGGCCGGUGUCCCGAUUGCGGCCUGGCCCAUGCACUCGGACCAGCCGACCAACGCCAAGCUCGUGACCGAGAUACUGAAAGUCGGGCUACCCGUGAGAGAGUGGUCCAAGACGCGGGAGGUCGUGAAGGCCUCGACAAUCGAGAACGCCGUCAGGUGUCUGAUGGCCUCGGAAGACCUCAGGAAGCGUGCUCGGGAUUUGGCGGCCACCGUGAGGGGCGCGAUGGAGGAAGGCGGCGAGUCUAAGCUGGAGCUCGACUCGUUCAUCGCGCAUAUCAGUAGGAAGGAU